UGUAAAUGAAAAUAAUUCAGAAGAAAAUUAAAAAAAUUUUAAAACGAAAUAUAAAUGAAUAAAAAGAAUAAAGUCACAGAGAUUAGAAAAAAAUUAUAAAAAUACAUUUUUUAUUAUAUGUCGAAAAGUGAGCGAAUUCUUUUGAUUAGUAAAAGAGGAACAAGCAAAUUAGAAUAAAAACAAAAAACAUUACGUACUUGGCUUCCAACGUAACAGGUCUCCCCACUUCCACGCUGGGUAGUCCUUACCUGUCAUCAACGCCUGCGGGCUCCGAAAGCCCAAACGCAGCCGCCACCGCCGCCGCCGCACAUAUCACAACCGUGCAGCCGCUACCGCCUACAAUUCAUGCCUACAACCACAGCCACAACGACUUGUCGCACCAUCAGCAUCCGCUGCUGCCGCAAAAGCAUUUCCAACUAUCCGAGAACUCCGCUUUCAAUUUAGCCGCUUUCCGUCACACACCCACCAGCGCUGCUUCAGCCAUUGCGGCUGGUGCCGUUGGAUUCUCGUCCACAGCUGCCGCUUUCUAUCAUCGCCUUAGCAGCUUUGCCGGCGCGAGUGAGAGUACAAGCACCUCAUCAACGGACUUUUGUUUGCCGUCAUACAGCAGCGAACAACCGCCACCGCUUCCUUCAUCAUCGGUCGAUAACAUGGACCUAAUCAAUCCCUAUAUGCGUCAUCACAGCUUUGCCGCUAGCCAGAGCAACUCACCGUCGGCUAUGGCCAUGGCGUCGGUAGCGAAUCGCAGUUCUCCGACUGGCGCCGCCGCCGCUGCUGCCUUGCAUCAUCAUCUUCCAAAUUCCGCAGGCUUGACGAACGGUUUCGCAGAAGCGGCCGCUGCUGCUGCUGCCGCACAUCACGACUACCAAAAUUUAGCUGCUGCGGCAGCUAGUCGGGAUCAUCUGCUCGAUUAUCAUAGCGCGGCGGCAGCAGCUGCUUACGCUGCCAAUAAUAAUAAUCUUACCAGCCCGCUCAUGCUAUUGAAGGCCCCGCCCAAGCAGCUUCACAGCCUAGAAGCGAGUGGGACAAAGUCAGCGCGUUCCGCUGAAGAUUCCUCCACACCACCGCCCUUGCUGUCGGCGAGUAGUGGUGGCGGCGCUGGAGCUGAUCACUCUUCUAUCGCCUCAUCGUCCCGCCUGCAAUCCGAAUCACCAGACAACUGUGCUAAUUCGCUGCAUCAACGCAACCGCUAUGACAACAACUCCAGUCCCGGUGUCGACAGUUCCAAAUCGUAUCCGGUCAGUCAGCGCAGCGGUAGUGGAGGUGAAGAAGCUGGUAACAACAGCGAAUCGAGUCCGCCACCGCCUGACUACAGUCCCGAAAACCUAUCCGCGAAUCGCGCCAAAUAUGCAUCCGCGCUGCAAGUAUCGCAUCACAACAAUAACAACAACAAUGGCAUUGGAGGUGUUCACCCGUUGGGUGUUCACCACAAUAACAAUAACAAUAUGAUGGAGCACAAGCUCCCAUUGAGUUUUCUUGGACCGCCGUUGGCGGCGCUGCACUCAAUGACUGAAAUGAAGACUGGCGGAGGUGCGGCGGGCAUGAUGAAUGGCUACGCGAAUAGUCAGCAUACGCACUUGAUCGGCGACGGUCGGGGUGGUGGAGGUGUGGUGGGUAGUGGUAUGUCGGGUUCCAUCACAACCACAACAACAACGCAUACGCAAGGUGCUGCUAAUCCGCAUGGAAUAGAUACAAUUCUGUCGAAACCGCCGCCGGUAUCAUCGGCGGGCUUAAGUGCUUUAGCGGGAGGUGGCAUACCGCGUUUCUCCAUUGCCGCCGCCGCUGCUGGAAUGGCCCAGUAUUUGUCGCAAAGUCAAGGUGCCCCUUUGAAAACGCACGCUGGCCAUAUUGUGGAGCGAACGCAUUUGUACUGGCCGGGAUUGCAGGGAUUGGUAGCGAAUCCUAUAGCGUGGCGUGAACGGCUAUCGAAUACAAUGUCAGCGAGUCUCUCACAGGCGCAUCAACACCAUCAAAGCAGCGAUAAGGAUGGCAAGAAGAAGCACACCCGCCCAACGUUUAGUGGUCAGCAAAUAUUCGCGCUGGAAAAGACAUUCGAACAGACCAAAUAUCUGGCGGGACCAGAACGGGCGAAACUCGCCUAUGCCUUAGGGAUGACGGAGUCACAAGUGAAGGUCUGGUUCCAAAACCGGCGCACCAAAUGGCGCAAGAAACAUGCAGCUGAAAUGGCCACCGCUAAACGGAAACAGGAUAUUAUGGGUGGGGGUGAGCCGGACGGAGACUGCAGCGAAACAAUGGACAGUGACAAUGAAAGCCUGGAUAUGGGCGAGAAUCCGGCGCAAAGCAAACGUUGUCGUAUGGGUGAUAAUUACCGUUAGACUC